AGGAAUCUCUUCCUGUUUGAGGGCGAGAGGCGUCCUUUGCUCUUUGUUUAAAUGCUGGGCGCCUGGGGAGAGACGCGGCGGCGUCAGUCCUCGCUGUUUUACGAAACGAUGAGCAAGUAGGGAUGUCGGACUGGUUGCUCCGACUGGAGACCGAGCUCCACUCUUUCCUGGUGGCUGUGGUUAAAGCGAUCGUGAAUGAAGUGGCGGAAGUUUUCCCCGAAAUAGGGUGACCGACUCCGAGGACAGUUUGCAGGAGCAGCCCCGCGGCGAUUCCCAGAUCCUGGUGAGACGGGCCGUGAUUAAGAUCACCCAGUGUGUGGAGGAGACUUUCGGGACUGAGAUGGCGCAGAUGAAGAGGGAAAACGAGAGGCUGAAGGUGAGAUUGCGGUUCUGGGAGAAGGAGUCGAGAGCAGGAGGAGAUCGGGGACAGACAGGUCGUGAUGGACACACGCCUCCCUGUCAAGCCCCUGCAGAGAUAAAAGAAGAAAUGGACACGGAACCGGAGCUGUCAGGGUCAGAGGUCAGCGCUCUCCCUGACGCUGGGGACAGGGCUCCUCUUAAACAGCAGCCCAGCGAGGAGGAGGAGGAGGGGGGCUCCCGUCUGAUGCAGGAGACAGAGCUUGCCGCCGCACACGGGAAAGAGACACUUAGUGAGCAGCAGCACACAGAGAGCAGACAGAGGGUGGAGGAUCUGGACUCUGUGCCCGUGAUGAAGACCGAGCCUGAGAGUGAGACACCUGGGCUCUUAGUAUCUGAUGACUUUACAGAGAAGAUGAAUGAGCUUAAAACAUUUAACACUGGAGAAGGUUUGAAUGAAAUGCAGUCUGUGUCUGUUCUUGGGUACAAAGAAGAAGAAGAGGAUGCUUUUAGCCUUCCGAAGCUGGAGGAGAAUCUUCACGCCGAUGAAGAGGAUACGGCCCGCGUUCCCCGCCCAAAGCCGGAUCGCUGCUGGGAGCAUUCUGGGAAACCACCGCGGGGACAGAAGACGACGAAGAAUCCGUCCAGGCCCUGCCGGGAGGGAGUGGACACGCCGUCGUCGUCGCAGCCCGGGGCACCAGAGCAGCGUCGUGGUCGGUCUGGCACCCCAGAACCCCAACAGCGCCUCGCCGCGGGAGAGAGACCGCUCAGCUGCAGUCAGUGUGGGAAAAGUUUUAGCACGCCAAGCAGCUUGAAGAGACACCAGCGCACUCACACGGGAGAGAGGCCCUACAGCUGCGCUCAGUGUGGCAGGAGUUUUAGUUGGUCGGGCGACUUGAAAGCCCACCAGCGCGUCCACACGGGCGAGAGACCGUAUUGCUGCGCCCAGUGCGGCCGGAGUUUCAACCAGCUCGGCACCUUGAAGACCCACCAGCGCCUCCACACGGGGGAGAGGCCGUUCAGCUGCGCGCAGUGCGGGGAGAGUUUCCGAGUCUCCAAAGCCCUGAGGGCCCACCAGCUCAUCCACACGGGCGAGAGGCCGUUCGUCUGCGCUCAGUGCGGGAAGGGCUUCAACCAGCUCGGCACCCUGAAGACCCACCAGCGCAUCCACACGGGGGAGAGGCCGUUCACCUGCGCGCACUGCGGGAAGAGCUUCAGCCACGUCAGCAACUUCCGCAGCCACCAGUUCGUGCACGCCGCGGAGAAGCCGUUCAGCUGCAGCCAGUGCGGGAAGAGCUUCGCUCUCCCGAGCGUCCUGCGCGUCCACCAGCGCACCCACGCGGCGGAGCGGCCCUUCGGCUGCCCGCAGUGCGGGAAGGGCUUCGGACAGCGGCGGUACCUCCAGACACACCUGCGCGUGCACGGGGGGGAGAAGCCGUUCGUCUGCGGCCACUGCGGGAAGGGGUUCCGCAAGGCCUGCCACCUGACCACCCACCAGCGCGUGCACACGGGGGAGCGGCCCUUCUGCUGCGAUCAGUGCGGGAGGAGCUUCGGCGACCCGAGCGCCCUGCGGGUCCACCGGCGCAUCCACACGGGAGAGAAGCCGUUCAGCUGCGGUCAGUGUGGCCGGUGUUUCAGUCGCUUGGACAGCUUAAAAACCCACCAGCUUACCCACACGGGGGAGAAGCCGUUCAGCUGCACUCAGUGCGGGAAGAGCUUCAGUGACCCGGGCAACCUGAAGAAGCACCAGCGCGUGCACACGGGGGAGAAACCGUUCGCCUGCGCCCAGUGCGGCAAGGGCUUCGGCGUCCUGGGCAACCUGCAGAAGCACCAGCGCGUGCACACGGGGGAGAAGCCCUUCAGCUGCGGCCAGUGCGACAAGCGGUUCGGCCACGCCUGGCACCUGAAGAGCCACCAGCUCGUCCACGCCGCCGGCGGCGCCGCCAGGCCGUUCCGCUGCAGUCGCUGCGGGAGGGGCUUCGCCCGGGCCGACCGCCUGCGGACCCACGCCUUCGUCCACACGGGAGAGAGGCCGUUCGGCUGCCGGCUGUGCGGGAAGGGUUUCGGCGCCCCCAGCAGUCUGCGGAGGCACCUGCGCGCUCACCCGGGCGGGGGGGUUGCGGCUUCAGCCCCGGCGCCGGGGGGGAGUUGAGUGGCGCGCGGCGGGGGUCUCUGAUCCGGGGAAGGUGUUUCCGCGACGAGCGAAUGCCAUCACUGUCCUGCGGGGGUGGCUCAGCUGUAAUCAUGACACGAAAGAUUUGAAAUGAAAUCCAUCCAGGAGAGAAGCUGUUCAACUGUUAACGUAGGGAGAGUUCUCAAAGAAAGCCCCAGUUGAGUUCUUCCUGACCCUGCUUUUCCACUUUUCCUGUAUGUGUGACGCCCCUUUCCGAAGUAACGGCCCGAAAUCAACACUCGUUAACUUUUCACCUUCGUUUACCCAUUGUCACCGACGGCAUCCAAGUGAAAACAGACGCUCAGGCAUUGUGAAAAUCAAUUACAGAUGACAACCUAGAAAACACGGGUUGGAUAGGUGGCGAUACUUGCUUGACAACCAGAAUUCUGUUUUAAUGCGUCUAAAGCCAAUGUUUCACACCUAGACUUGACGACAGUGGCGCAUUUCUCCUAAAAGAACAGUCCAAGCUCAGUCAAAUGGUGAGAAGCAACCUUCAAGUCACCUGAGAGAUUUUUAGUUGCAUUGAGCUCAAGGCUCUGACCAGGCCAGUCGAGGACAUUAAACCAUUCCUGUUCUUUUGCAGCUCCCCUUGUGCUGUAGGUCACUGUCACACCGAAAGCUUACCCUCUGUCCCACUUUCAGCCUUCUUGCAGACAGCAACGGGUUUUUCAAGCGUCUUCCGCAGUAUUCUCUGUUCAUUUCCCCUGACCAGUGCCCCAGUCGUGCCCCAGUCGUGCCCCAGUCGUGCCCCAGUCGUGCCCCAGUCGUGCCCCAGUCGUGCCCCAGUCGUGCCCCAGUCGUGCCCCAGUCGUGCCCAUGAGAAACAUCGCAGUACAACGAUGCUGCCACCACCGACAGUACGGAUGUGGUUCUGUGGGUGAUGUGAUGUUGGGUUUGGGCCUGUAGCAGCCAUGCUGUGGAUUCCCAGUGACCCUCUCUUUGGUCUUACCCUACUGAGUCACCUAGUGACUCUUGCAUGCUUAGAACGUAGCGGAGACGAACUUUUUAGUUAGUUACUCUUUUAGCGUUAGUGUAGAGCAGCAUUUCCCAGGAUUCACCGGGACCAGUGCUUCACUAGAUGGAUAUCCAGCCCUGGAGCCUGGAUAUCUAGCAGAGAGACACGGGCCCAUCUGGACAGUGGUCUUAAUCGCAGGUCGCAUGACCAACCAGUCAGGAACCCAGAAACCCUCCACCCUGGUAGGUGAUGCUCAGACGUUCUGGAAAAGUGAUUACCAAUGAAGACCUAGACAAAGAGGUUCUGAUGAGUGGUGGGGAAACUUCAAGGUUUUUCUGUCCAUCCACCACCCCAGGUCCACAGAGCUACAUUUUUUUUUCUCGUAACUGACACAAAGUUCAAAGGGUCAGAGGAUAUACUCUGGAUAUGGAACAUUUCUGUUGGAUGUUAGAUCAGAGUUGAGGACGACGUACCGGGCAGUGUAUGUUAAAAAUAAUUCAGGUCAGGGAUCCAACAUGUCCAAAGCAUAGUUUUACUGCAGUAGUGUGCGUAUUGGACAGUCUGUCCAAAAUUCAGCAGCCAGAAUCCUGACCAGGUCUAGUGCAAGUCAUCACAUUACUCCUAUCCUGGAGUC